AUUGGAACCCAUUCCUUUUAUCAGUUAGAAUAAGGUACAUAAUAAAAUGGAUUAUAAAAACUUCUUUGUUGUUUCAUAGUAUCACUUUUAUUUUUUUAAAUACAUAAUACUUCUGAUCCCUAGCUUCCAUUAGAUCUUUCUCUAAAUCACAGUUUAUUUUUGAUCUUUAGCAGUUCAUUUAAAAAUAAUACGGGUCCUGCUUUCUGAUCUUGUAACUUUAAGAUUUAAAUACAGUGUAGUGUCACACAUUGACAAAUAAUGUUCAUAAACAUUGUGAAUAAACUUUAAAACCAAUGCAAUCUGAGCUAAACACACAAAUGAUCAAGUUACUACACGCCCCUUUGUUCCACCAAAACAGGAUCUGCCUGUAUAGGCUAAAUUAUGUUUUUCUUAUGUAUUUGUCAGUUGUGCAGGUGACAUGCGCAAGUUUUCUCGUCAGUUAACAGGCAUUUUUUGUGAAAAAGUAGACUUUAUUUUUGCUAUUUUGUUCAGUAAGAUUAUGUUUGUUUAACUGGAUUAUAUCAUUUUGUAUGAUUUGAGGAGUUCGAUCAAACUCAAAUGAAUUUGCUUAAAAACGCUGUGCUCAUCUAUCUCUUUGUCUUAAAUGGUGCGUUUGGUGUUGAUGAAGAUGAAGUGAAGUUGUUAUUGACUGAGGGAGAAUCUGUUCCUCUACACACUAAUAUUACUGACAUACAGACAGAUGAUCACAUACUGUGGAUGUUUGGACCUUAUGGGCCUUGUACAGCUCAAAUCUAUAAUGCAAGUAUAGUUAUGCAUGAGUGUAAUAAGUUAUUUGGAGACAGACUGAAGGUGGACAGUCAGACUGGAUCUCUCACGAUCACAAACAGCACCAUUAAAGACUCUGGACUUUAUCAACUAGAGAUCAGAGACAGAGAAACUAAGAUCAUCAGAUCAUUUAAGAGAUUCAAUGUUAUUGUCUAUGGUUCUCUGCCUGUUCCUGACAUCAUCAAAAAAUCUUCACGACAUUCUUUAUUAUCAGAAAGAUUAGCAAACUCAAAAGGUGUUUCUUGUCAUCUCGUUUACCCUUCAGUAUACCUAGCCCUGUGUUUCAGUUGUCUUUGGCCAGUUGUUGUUGGAUAACACAACCAUUUUAUACUGCUGAUAGCUGUUGGUGUUGUAGUGUUGCUGUGGUCAUAGCCUAUCUGUACCAAGUGAAGGAGUUCGGUCAAACUACAAUGAAUUGGUUUAAAAACAUCGUGUUCAUAUCUCAUUUUUUCUUAAGUGGUGAUUUUGUUAGUGAUGAAGUGAAGCCAGAUGAAGUGAAGCCAGUGAUGGAGGGAGAUUCUGUUACUCUAUACACUGAUUAUACUGACAUACAGAGAGAUGAUCUGAUACUGUGGAUGUUUGGACCUCAAGAGACUCGUAUAGCUCAAAUAUAUAUGAAAGACAUUAUGUUUACCAUGAAGGAGAUAUUUGGAGACAGACUGAAGCUGGACAGUGAAACUGGAUCUCUCACCAUCACAAACAUCUCAAUCACACACACUGGACUUUAUAAACUACAGAUCUUCAGGAAAACAGAAACUAAGUACAAGAGAUUCAGUGUUAUUGUCUAUGCUCCUCUGUCGGAUCCUGUCAUCGCCAGAAAAUCUUCAUCAGGAAGAUCAUCAAGCUCAAAAUGUGUGUUAUUGUGUUCAGUGUUGUAUGGGAGAGAUUUGAGUCUGUCCUGGUACAAAAGAAACAGUUUAUUGUCCAGCAUCAGUGAGCCUGAUACAAACAACAAACUCUCUUUACCUCUGGAGGUGGAUUUUCAGGAUACAAACACAUAUAGCUGUGUGGUAAACAAUCCCAUCAGACACCAAACUCUAGAUCUUAACAAUGUCGAUCAGAAAUGUUCAGGACUUUCUCUUGAACUCAAGCAUCCUCUUGUACAUGUCAUUGUGCUGUUGGUUUGGUUCAGUGAGCUGGGAUGAGUUACUGUUGCAACCAGCAAGAGAAGGCGAGUGCCUAAAUGUGAACUUACACAGCAAAAUCCCCAGUGUUAAAUUAACACCGGCUCAGUGUUUAUAUGGGUACCACCAGCAGGGUGUUAAAAGUAACACCGAAGCAGUGUUAGAGUUAAUUAGAUACUUUAGCAAUCAUUUGAGUGAUUAUUUGAUUAUUGAAGACACCAGGGGCCCGUUUCAGAAAGGUGGUUAAGUGAAAACUCUGAGUUUGUUAACCCUGAAAUAAGGGAAACUCUGAGUUUUCUGUUUCAAAAAGGGAGGUAGGUUACACCUGAGACAGCGGGGUAAGUCAAGCCUGUUUCAGAAGGAGAGGUAACAUACUCAGAGUCUGUUUCCAAGGUAACUUACUCUGUGAACCUAACCUGGUCGGGAGCAGGUUUUAUCCUUUAAACUCUGAGUUUCUUGUGGUCUCCUCCCCUUUUUUAAAGCAGUGUUUAAUCUUGUUAGUUGCUUUAGUACAUUCAUUCAUUGCGCACAUUUUUAUUAUGUACACUGUAAAAAAAUUUUUAGCUGUCUUUAAGUUAUAAUUAAAUUGCCAGUGCAAUCCAUUUUAACUUACUACUUUAUAUUUUUAUAUAUUACACUAAACUUUCAACUAAAAAAUUAAAACAGUAAAUUGAAAUGACUUGUAAAGCUAAUAUGAUAUACUUAGGUGCAUAGAUCGUCUUAGUGACUAAAAUGUCAAGUACUUUUAUAGAGAAUCCUGUAGAUGAUGAUGUUGCAUUCAUUUGUAGAAAGUUAAGUUAGAUUUAUGUCGCGAGAGGAUUUUGAGACCCCGAGUGUUUUUUUGUCAUAUCCACUUACAUUUAUGUGAGCGAAAUUAUUAUUUUUUGCAGUCAUUUUAGAUAUAUAAAUAUCCUUAUAUGACUAAUAUCAGUCUUUGUGGUGCUCUUACAUCUAUACAGUUGCCUUGACAUUUCUUAUGUAUCCACUUGUCAUUAUCGCUGGUCUAGUGGGUAGUGCUGUGUGCAGUAGUUAGGGCAGACGUACUGUUGGCGAUCAGAGUUCGAAUCCCGGCUCGGCGAAUUUUUGUUUUAUUCAUGACAAACAUUUGUAAAGUUCGUAGCCUUAUAUGACAAAGUAUUAUGCUUAAUUUCAUUUUUAGCUGAGCUGCUGUCAUCUUUUUGUCCAUGGGAUUGCAUCUGCAUGAAAAUGAAUAUAAUAACGUACAGUCCUCAGUUUAUUUACUUCUGAUAUUUUAACUGUGAUGAAAAAUUAAAUGUACGCAUUUACUAGAGUAGCAAUUUCCAAAAACAACUCUUUUCUUUAAAAUAUAUGCUCGUAGUUGCUGUACACUUGUUUUUUUCCAGUCACUGCCUUAGAUAAAAUCAACUGAAAAGACAUCUCUCUUAUUACAAACCAGACUGACUUUUGUCUACUUUGAAAUUGUUUGGUCACCAUUAUAGUGAUCUGUGGUUCCUUUAGUUGGGCAGUUUGACUCUUAGAGGCUGUUUACACUUGGCGUUAACAUGUGUUUUCAUCGAUCGGAUCACAAGUGGACGAGAGAGACACAUGACGUUUACACCUGGUAUUUAAAUCCCUCUCUUUUGUCCACUUUCGACCGCUUCUGUGCUGAAUACUAUGAGGGGGUGGUCUGUGAGACGGUGGGCGAGUCUCUCUGCUGUCAUUCAAACCCGAGCGGGAGUAAUUAUGAGUUUAUAUGGACGCAAACUAAUAUUAUGUCGGAGUGCACUGCUUGUUUAGCAAGUAAACAUGCUGCACAGUGUUUUGUACAUGAGUAUGUAAGAGCUUUCUUUGAAUUUUCAGCGCAAUUGAUGAAAUAGGAUCGCGCAACUUUCACACGCUUUCAGAACGAAACUACGGAGAUCAGCCGCUUAGUUUUAUCAAUGAAAGGCUAAAAAUAGCGCUGUUCACCGAAUGUUCACGCCAGAAGUCAAAAAAGACGUAAAACUUGUGUUUAAUACCUCAGAUUAGAUAAAUGGGCGGAGAGAAGGCGGUCGCGUGUGGCUGUUCGAACGCAUUCAACCACAUGUGCGUUCCGCAACUCCAAAGCGAUCCGAUCGAAUGUGGUUUCGACCACCUCUGGAUGUGGUUGAAAGUGGUCGAAAGUGGACGAGCUCAAAACGUUUUGAACACCGUUUACACCUGGCAUUAACGUCGUCCACUUGUGAUCCGAUCGACGAAAACACAUGUUAAUGCCAAGUGUAGACAGCCUCUUACUUUCCUUUUGAGGUCUUUGCAACAGUGUUUACUGAACACAUUAUUUGUUGUAAAGGUUGUUAAUGUAAAAUUUAUAAAGUUUUUAUAACAGAGAUUGUAGAUUUAAGUAAAUUGUUUACAUAGUCAAAGAAUUCAGUAUUCAUGGAAAAUAAAAUGUUGAAAGUGUUAAAUAUGUACACUACUUCAAGAGUAAAUUUGUACACAUUUGUACAUUUUUACAUCCAACAGCAGUGUGGAUAACCCUUUAAAGUGUUAUUUUCUCCGACUAGUGUUAAAAUGUACACCCAUGUAAGAUUAAAUACACACCAACAGUGAGAGUUUUUUCACCCAAAAGUAGUGUAUGUAUAUCCCGUCGGUGUUAUCUUCUCUGAAAAGUGUUAAAAUGUACACCAUUGUAAGAUUAAAUACACACCAAUAGUGAUGUUUUCUGCAUCCAAAAGUAUUGUAUUUAUAUCCCAUUAAAGUGUUUUCUUCUCCCACUAGUGUUAAAAUGAACACCCUUGUAAGAUUAAAUACACACCAGCAGUAUUAAUUACUCAUGCAGUAAUAUUAAUUGUGUGUGUUAAUUAAGUGAUAUUAAUUACUUUUAAUGUACUCAUUUUAUGUGAUAAGCACACAAUGAUGAAACAAACAUAUAUAAAAUUCUUUUUAUUUCUGAAAGUGUCUUUUUUGUCGUUUGUUGAAAGAACAGAAAUCAUUUCAAAGACAUGUAUUGAAUGCAAAAGGAACUUCCUUUUCUGAAUAAUCAGUAAUAAGUGCAAGAACAUAAAACAAUAUGUAAAACUGCACUGUAAACUACAUUUUAAAACAAAUUUAAUUCAGUACAAGUUUGCAACUCAUGGCUAA